ACAGCUGCUGCUGUUUCAACGCUACGCCGUGCUGGGUUGUCGCAACACGCCCCCUCCUUCCGAUCAGUCGAUUAGCUCUCGCACCGAGCUUCUCUCCUUAGACACGAUAUAAGUUACCGUCUCAUCUCCUCAAAACCCACCCUUUCGUUCUUUACAUGAAUGACAACGUCCCGCCCCGUCAUCACCCUCUCUCUACGCUUCGAAACCCACACAAUACAAUCAGUCGUCCAACUUUGGAAGGAAGGCCACGGUAGUAGGGAAGAAAUCACCAGCCGUGGUCGUAGUCGCGGGUUCUAUAUCACAUUACUUAUUGAAUCAGCCCUUUCCCGGGGGCUCGUUUGCUCGAGUUAACAAAUCAUGGCUACUUCCAAUAACGCCCCUUCUGUCGCAUCAUCAUCAUCAUCAUCAUCAUCAUCAUCAACAACUGCUGGCAGUUUUGUUGAUGCGUCCGGAUAUAAAUUCUCCGAGAAGGAUGUGAAACCCGGGAAGAUCAAGUUGAAGAAGUCGGCGAAGCUGGGAGGUAGGAAGAAGGCUGAUGAACCCCCCGCCUCCCCCGGCUCAUCCCCGAUUCUUCCGGAGAUCGACGAAAAGACUAUGGCCGCCUUCCCGACGGGCAAGCCGCGAGAAGAAGAUCAUCUGGAGACGGUCAUCUGUAAGACCUGCAAGAGGCCGGUCCUCAAGCAGAAUGCCGUGGAACACAUCCGCGGGUGUAUUCGAGCGAAGCAGGAGAAGGCGCGCCAGCGGAAGGAGGCGCGCGAUGCGGCGAAUCGGGCCAAGGCCGGUGAUAAGGAUGAUACCGAGGAGGUGGGCGUGGGCGGCGCCGGCGGUGCUGGAGGGGGACCCGGCGGGGAGAAAGGGGAAGGUGGAGAGGAUUCGUCGAUGAAGGGCCAGAAGGGCGCGAAGAAGAGCGCCGUCAAGGGGAUGGCGGCGGAGAUCGGGGCGAAGAAGGGCACGAAGCGGAAGACGGAGGCCGGGGAUGGCGACGACAAGGAUAGCAAGGAGCCCAAGACGAAGAAGAAAAAGAAGGAGGAGCCCAAACCGAAGACCGCCAAACCGAAGGGUCCCGUGGAUGUCGAGAAACAGUGCGGUGUUACUCUGCCGAAUGGGGCCCAGUGUGCGCGCUCUUUGACUUGUAAGAGCCAUUCGAUGGGUGCGAAGCGAGCGGUCCCUGGACGUUCGUUACCAUACGACAUGUUGCUGCAGGCGUAUCAGAAGAAAAACCAGGCGAGGCAGCAGAAGGCUGCUAUCGACGCCAACGCGCCGCUGCAGGACGAGCAAGAUAAUAACGGUCCGGUCGACUCGGAUGAAGAGAAGGAUGCCGUGAUGGCGGCGAUCACGCGCUCACAUCCACAGCCUCUUGUCAGUCACACCUUGAUCUCGACCAAGAAGAAGUACCAGUACGUGCGCAUCAAAGAGAUGCUGUCGCAUGCUCUGGGCGGCUCGCGCGGCGGUGGCCUCUUCUCGACCGGCGACAACACCUCAUCUACGCCUUCUCUGUUCUCCGAUGGGAACCUUUUCACCCCCGUGGACGAAGUCGACAUGGCUUUACCGGUCUCUGCAACUGUGCCGGAUAAUGCGACAGAUGCUGAUACGAAGACUCCGGCCGCACCUGCGCCCAAGAAACUUUCCGUGGCGGCAAGCUCGUGAGGUCUUGGUCCAGGCAGGUGCGUGGGCAAAUGGUUUAUGAAUUCAGUCAUUUUUCCGUGUUGGAUGGGUUCUUCAUGUUGCUGCCCAGUGGUAUUUAAGGGGUUACAAAACGGCGAUGGGUCAGCGGUUGGAGGUUGGACGGGUUGGGGGACGGCGUUUUAAGGAUGAUUCAACUUUGCUGCGCUCUUUUGACUUCUGUGAUGAUAUGAUACCCCGUGUUGAGUGUGUUUGGAUGCAUGCAUUGUUGCUUUACUUGGUGUACAGUUGUGUCCAAAAUGGGUUGACGUGUGAUUUGAUAGAGAUUCUAAUGCAACUUCACAUC